AUGGUUGUCUCAGGCUUUACUGGUAUGAUAAAACACUGGUGGGAUAACUAUGUCUCUGAGGAUGAGAAAAAUCUCAUUUACAAUGCUACCACUCUCGAGCCUGUAGCCCGAACCGUUAAUGGCCAAGAGACUAUAGUUCAAGAGGCACAAGAAGACGCCUGUGCAACUCUUCUUUAUCACAUAGCUAGACAUUUUGUAGGAGAACCAAAACUCUUUCAAGACAGGAGUCUAGAAAUCCUUAAUAAUCUUCGCUGCAAAAACCUUGCAGACUUUCGAUGGUAUAAGGAUACCUUCCUGGUCAAAGUUAUGAUCAGACCUGACUGUAAUAAUGAUUUCUGGAAAGAAAGAUUUAUUAGCGGUCUUCCUCCGUUGUUCGCCGACAAAGUUCGAACAAAACUAAAGGAUAGAUUCGAGGGUCAAAUUCCUUAUAACGUUCUUACCUACGGUGAUCUAGUAAGUUUCAUCACCACCACAGGAAUAGAACUCUGUACGGACCUUAAGCUUAAACAACAGCUUAAGCAAAACCAUAAAUAUGGUCUGACAACUUUCUGUCACGACUACGGAUUCACAGACCUCAAUGAAAGCAGGAGGCAUAAAAGAAAGCCUCCAAAGCAUCAUAAAAGAUCUUAUCCUAAACGAAAGACUUCCUAUAAGGAUCCCUAUAAGGAAUCAAAUAAACCGCGUCGAAAAACCAGACGCAAGGUUUCCUCAAAAUCCAAGGAUACUUGUUGGACUUGCGGCAAAACAGGCCAUAGAGCCAAAGAUUGCACAUCAGGCAAAAAGAAGAAAAUAAAUCUUCUCGAUUUGACUGAUGAAACCAAGGAAAAGCUCUUCUCUAUAAUGGAAGAUCCCUCCGAAGCAUCUGACUCUUAUUCUUCUUCCGAGGAUGAAUACAGCGACGAAGACUACAUCAACGCCGCUUACGAGUCUGAUAGCUCCCAAACCGGGCAAGACU